GGCUCAAUCCCACUGCGCUGUCAAAGACUAUAGAGGGAAAGACAAUACUUUCUCUCGAUAUUCGUAUAUAGUUUGACAUUUAAAUAAACACCAACAAUAGAACAGAACAGCUGAUGAGCAGCAUCACAGCAUUUUAUUCAGCAAUUAGAAAUGAGGCUCGGAUCAAGAAAAGAUGGAAGGCUCCACAAUAGACGGAGGGCAGAAAAACAAACAGUAGAAUUAUGUGUUCUUUUUUGAGAACAUAUCUUUGCAUUUGAUCCAAAAUGGCGGUAGACCCAUAAUGUUGCUGUUGCGUGUAAAAAAUAUGGAUUGCACUGUGGGACACUGGAGAUUUGCAUGACGAUAGUUUACAACAAUAUUAUGAAUUUAAAUGAAAUAUCAAGUUGCGCCACAAAUGAUCAGAAAUGGAAUAAUGAAAAACGUGCAAAAAUGACAUUUAAAAAUCUAACAAAAAUGUCAAAGGUCAGUCCAUACUUAAAGAACAAACAUCCCGAAAUGUUUCAAUAUUUCAAACACAAACCUGCUUUAUAAUAAAACAGUAAUAUUUAUGUAAUUUCAUCAAACUGACUAAUAAAAAUAACUGGAUUAAUAAUAAUAUGUAGCCAUAUUAACGUUCUGCGCAUGCGGGGUCAGAGUUGACAGUCUGCCGUGGAGGAGUGCGGUAGCUAAGCUAACAGCUAGCAACACAUGUGGAGGGUACUACGGGAGGCAACCCUAACUCUGUCAAAAUUCCCCCAACCGAACCGUAAACUACUCAGAACUUUAGUCACAUCGAAUUUAAGGAAUAACAGUCGUUUACAAUGAAAGGUAGCCGGAUCGAGCUGGGGGACGUUACGCCCCACAACAUUAAACAGUUGAAACGCCUCAACCAGGUCAUCUUCCCCGUCAGCUACAAUGACAAGUUCUACAAGGACGUGCUCGAAGUGGGAGAGCUCGCCAAGCUAGCGUACUUCAAUGACAUUGCAGUGGGGGCAGUGUGCUGCAGAGUGGACCACUCGCAGAACCAGAAGAGACUGUACAUCAUGACACUGGGCUGCCUAGCGCCCUACCGCAGAUUAGGCAUAGGAACGAAGAUGCUGAACCAUGUGUUAAACAUCUGUGAGAAGGAUGGCACUUUUGACAACAUUUACCUUCAUGUGCAGAUCAGCAACGAGUCUGCAAUCGACUUCUACCAGAAGUUUGGCUUUGAGAUCAUUGAGACGAAAAAGAACUACUACAAGAGGAUAGAACCGGCAGAUGCCCACGUGCUUCAAAAGAGCCUGCGCAGCCCUUGUGCGCCCCCUGGGGGAGAGUUGCAGAAGGCAGAGUAGCCUCUGGAAAGAGCAUGGUCGUGCCCCGCCUCCCCAAGAAACAGAACUGUGACAGAUGCCCAUGGGUCGACACAUUCACCACUUUCUUCAAAGGACGUUAAAAAGAGAAAACAAAUUCAAAGUUUAAAAAACAAAACAUGGCUGCAUUUUGAUUUAGCAACAAAACAAACACAUUUUGCAUUUUAUUUUUACUAUUUUUCUUCAUUUAGAAAUUUGAAAACAAAAUAAAGGAUUCAGAAUCCAAAAGUGCUCAGAAAAGCUGCCGACUUAAGACAGUUUAGAUAUGGUGGGGGGUUUCUGUGUUUGCAAAUCAUACUGUUUGAGUUGUUUUAAAUGCGGUUUGUACUAAAAAACCCGAUAGAACUGAAUAGGGAAAAUCUUUUACAGUGAGAGACUAUCGUUGACAAAGGAAGUCCAACUGGCAACCAUGGAGUGAUGCUUCUUGUAAUGGUGACACGUUUGGAACACUGAACUCAUCCCCUUGUCACCUGAGCCCAGGGACUUCUGGGAAGAGUUUUUACUGGUGGGUGAGACUUACUGUUUCUUCUUCUAGCAAUAUGCAAAGUGUGAGCCUUGCGCUGUGAUGCAAUGCCCCCUAUUGACGUCAGAGCUCUGAUGCCAGUCCAGAGGGGGAAAGGAGCACCCCACAGUGCGGGCAUGAGGAAGGAUGAACGGUUUCAAGUUGUGGGGAGAUUUGAGGAAGUGGAUUCCACUCUUUGUUUCUGAAUGGUUUUGUUUCUCAACCCAUCUAUUUAAUCCCCCCUUUAGAUCUUUUUCUUUUCAGCUCUUUUUUUAAAAGAUGCUGAUGCUGAUUGGCUCAGGGCUUCUCCUGGGCUUGCCACAGAUGCUGUGAGAGAGUCCCGGAAACCUUCAGAGAGAUCAGGGUGUGAGAUGGGCAAAGGUGUAUGAGAUCACAGGAAAUAACUGGUUUAUUACGAUGUUGAUGUUUUUGUCGAAGUACAAAGAUGUGACAAUGAACAAGAUGUCAAGCAGGGAUUGCUUGAGUACUUGGCAGUUCAGGAACAGGAGACGGGUCUCUGUUUUUAAGGACUAGAGCAGUUCAAUUGACUGGAUAAGAUGGAGUUCUCUCAGCCUGGGUGAAGUGCAUGAGUGAGAUUGUUGUGGAUGCUUCUGUUUAGAUUGGCACUUUAUAGUUAGCUGGAGUACUGUCUGGUACUGAGGCUAACCUUUAUUGGCCCCUGUAGUAGGAAGUAGGAACCCAGCCAACUAGAUCUUUCCACAUGUAUCUGUAACCUUUUUGUGCGCUUCACUCAUGACCAUUGUGGGAAGGUUGCGUGUUGGUUUGGUAGUUUCCUCUGUCUGUAGGGCCCCUUACAACAGAACCUGAAGCCCAGGAGAAACCUGCUCCACUGCAUGCUGGGAGAAUACUGCCCUCUCCACUGUAGUAAAAGCAUGUUUUGUUUUCUCCUUUUGAAAAUGGUCUUUUCUGGAGCUCUAUAUUGUAAGACUUUUUAACCUCUAAAUAAAAUAAAUGCUAUUUGCAUUGUG